UGGAUCGCAGCAUCACCUGGUCUCCAGACUUGCUGUGCAACCGCUGUGCAACCUGAUCGAUUGCACACCAUUGGCUCGGGACGCCGUCGAGCCAGUGCGAGACGAUCUCCUCUUUCGCUCGGUCCUCGAAGCGCCGCUCUGCGUUUCAGGUGCUUGCUGUGCUGCUACCGGAACCUCUAUGGCAGUUCUGCGGCUGUCUUUGGAUGUUGAGUGUCAGCUGUCUGAAAGCCCGUGAAACAGGCUAGCUCGGAUUUCCCCUCACUGGAUUGUUUCAUGUGGAUCUACACCUACAGUACAGUACAAUGAAGUUGUCCCCCACUGACAGAAGGAAAAGCAUGCGCGACCUUGCUUUAGAGAUUGGGAUAAGAGUUUUGCUCUUCGGAGUUUUUGUGUUCACCGAAUUCCUGGAGCCUUUCGAGAGAGUUAUCCAACCUGAAGAGCUCUGGCUGUACAAGAACCCCCUUGUGGAGUCUGACCACAUACCAAAGAGAGUGAUGUUCGCAAUUUCCUUUCUUACUCCCCUGGCAGUAAUUUUUGUGGUGAAAAUCAUCCGUCGGACAGAUAAAACAGAAAUCAAAGAAGCUUGCCUAGCUGUUUCCCUGGCUCUUGCCCUGAAUGGCGUCUUUACAAACACAAUUAAAUUGAUAGUGGGAAGACCUCGUCCAGACUAUUUUCACCGCUGCUUCCCAGACGGACAGGUCAACGCCAAGAUGCUGUGCACUGGGGAGCCAGAUAUGGUAUCGGAGGGACGCAAGAGCUUUCCCAGCAGCCACUCCUCCUUUGCAUUCUCUGGCCUGGGCUUCACUUCCUUCUACUUGGUGGGGAAACUGCAGUGCUUCACUGACUGUGGGCGUGGCCGAAGCUGGAGGCUCUGUGCUGCCAUCCUGCCCCUGUAUAGUGCCAUGAUGAUCGCCCUGUCCCGCACCUGUGACUACAAACACCACUGGCAAGAUGCCUUUGUGGGCGGGGUGAUUGGCCUGCUCUUUGCCUAUAUCUGCUACCGGCAGCACUACCCGCCCUUCCUUCAUAUGGAGUGCCACCUGCCUUAUGCCAGCCUUGUGGCUUCGCCCAACGAUGCUCCAGAGGAAGAGGCUCCAUCUACCGACAAUGCAACAAGCCUCCCUUUGGAGGGGCUGACUGAGGGGCCAGUAUGACUAUCGCAGCAGCCCAAUGGACUUCUAGCACUUAAACAUUCCAAUGAACAGGACACUCAUUUUUAACUUGUAGCAUUCAAUCUAUAGUAGAUUUCCAGGAAAAAGUACAGUUUUGCAUAAUUGUAUCAUAUCUAAGGUUUCUUGGUAGUAUUAAGGAUUACUUCAAUUUCCAAAAUGAUGCAUACUGAUCUUACAUUAACAUUAAUGUCAUAGCAAGUUUUUUUCUCUCGUUUGUUUUCUUUUCAUUGUGCUGACCUGACCUGAUUAUAACCAUUUCUCUGUGGUUAAAAGGCCACAUCCACAAGGAGGAGAUCCCAACAUAAAAGAAGAACAGAACAUAUCACUUUCCGAAAGUCACAUCGGGUAACAGACUGAUUAAUAAUCCCAAAACCACACCAACUUGAUCAUGGUAAUUUACAACUGCAAUAACCCCAAAAAACAUGCUAAUGUAUUUUAAUAUGUGACAGGUGCACCAGUUGCAUAAACAGAAAACACUCCUUUAGAGUACAUCAUAAAGCCAUGUUCAAUAUUCUUGCAGUAUACGCUGGCAUCAUGAAAACUGAUCCACUGCUGAAAAUGUCUGUUCAUGCACAUUUUCAUUUACUACACUAAUGGGGUGACAGCGGGAAACAGACUUUACCUGGAAACUGCUAACAAGAGUAGCAGGAACUUUACAAUUCCUCUCACACCUUGUGCAAGACGAUAUAAGGGAAGCAGAAUAUUGGAGUUAAGAUGUCAAAGACUCUCUGGGGAAUGACUGCUGCCAGAUAAUGCAAAACACAUUCAACUUUCUUCAUUUUGUGAUGCAUGGCAUCUAUGUGUUUAUUUGUAACCAUUUAAUGAUUUGCCCAUGGUUGCCUGUCACUGCCUUAACCCCAUAAUCACGCACAUUAAAAUGUAUUAUUCAUAGCCAAAACAUUUUUUUAAUAGCAAGUAUGACAUGAGAUUAAAUAUCCAAAAUAAAAUGAAAAGAAAGAAAAUCAAAGACAAAAUCAAACCAAUGCUUGACUUACCUGUCUCUGUAUAUUAAUUUCAAAAUGAGUACUUGCUAUUAAGCUAUGCAAAUUUUAAAUAAACACAUCUGUGUGACUUUAGACAGACUGCAAGCAUAAAAAGGUAAUUUCAUUUGUGUGCCUCCAUGAAUGUUUUUUUGGAUCUUACAGUGUGAUUUUAAGUGAGAGGAAUUUUGUUUAAUGUAAUGGUGGAGAGCUGUUUCUGUGGUCCUGUGAUCUCAACAUAGUGAGGUUGAAGGAAAGAAAUGAUUAUUUAUUUGAAAUUUUAACUGCAGUAUUUCAGAGAAAUUAUGUAUUUUUUAUCAUUUCAAACUGACUUGCACAAGAGAAGAUUAAAGUAAGUACAAUAAAGGUGGGUUCGUGCAUUGUUUGAUGAAAGAAACAGAAAGAUCAUUUUUUUUGUUUUACUCAGUCAUUUUAAAAAAGUCUAGGAUUUUUUUAUGACUGAAAAAAAAAUAACAUUCCCUUUACAUGCAAUUACAAAAGAAAUACUGCAUGCAUAUAUUUUUGUAAUGUAGCGUAUAGGUUUACUAUCAUCAAUAAUCAUCCAUCUCUAUUACAGCUACCAAAACUAAUUCUGUUGUGUUUUCAGUAUAAGGCAUAUUCUUACUUCUCAUCUCUGAGAGAGUGGAAAAUAAGACACAACAUAUUCCCAUUCUCCUUUGGAAAGAUUCUUGUUGUCCAUAGCAACUGGCUGACAAAUACAGGCUUGGUCUAUUUCUUCAGAUGUCUUUUGCUCAGUCAUAAUAUAAAACACAAUAUAGGGAUAAUAAAAGGUCACAAAAACUCUAAUCCUUUGUGGAUCGGAUGGUUACAUAUAAGAACUGUUGGUUCUUAGUGUCAAUGCUGGUGAACACUGACUAGAAAGCAGGAGAUUUAAUCAUAAACAAAUCAUUUAACUAAAAUGGGAGAAACUCAGAAACUGGCAAUUAAUGCAUUUUUCCUUCUAUAAAGGUCUGGCACAACUAAAACAGUCUAGAAAUUCAGUUUCAUAACCACUUUGAUAUCAUGGAAUUCUGCACUUCAGCCAUCUUCCAGAAUGAACAUUGCAUUUACAGUAAGUGAACAGACACAAUAAUAGAGGGAUGUUUGUUGUCCUUGAACACUUCCUACAAAAAAGGAAUAGUUUUUCUAAAUAUCGUUUCUAAAUGUCGUUUCUCCACCUUCACGUUCCAUCCUUAGUAACUGCACGUUAGAGGUAAGCCACGGAAAAGAGGCAGCUCUUCAUAUAUUUGCGUGAAACACCUUUUCUCAUCCUUAAUUUUGAGAACUGGGGGUAGUAAUGUUCUCCAUAUCCCAUUCUUGUCAUAAGCAUUUUGGAUUUUCAGACCAGUUCCUGCCUCGUUCUUCAUCUCUUAAAAAGUUCAUAACCAUACUUUUCUGAAAAUGUAAUGGCUUUCUUGCUGUAUCGACCCGGUGCAAGAAUAUUUAGAUAGAGCUAUUUGUGAUUUAGAGACUUUCACAGCCAAUACUAGUGGUUAUGGUGCAAUAAUCAUAUCUAAUGAGCAUGACCUUCAUUUUGUUUGUAUGAUAGUGUGCAAAAAUCUGUAGGUGCUAAGCUGUUUGACCAUAGCAAUGAGUUUUGUUAGAAAUGAGAAUUGUUGCUAAGUUGACUAAAACACAAAUCUCAGUUUACAUUUUAUGCAGGCACUGCCUGUGUAAUAAGAAAGAAUGGAUUUAGUAAGCAUUGUUUAAAUACAUUACUUCAGGAGACUGGCUCCAACGGAAUUGAGCAUUCUUUAUUGAAUUUACAGAUGUUUAAUUUUCUUCAUUAAAAAUUAAUACAAUCAUAUACUGUGGCAUGCUUUUGUGAUCAGAUUUUCUAUGGGAAAAGCAUGAAAGGCUGUAAAUGAACUUUUGAACUGUGUAUUGUUAUUUAUAAAUGUAUAUAUAAAAUGGAAAUGCAACCUUGUUCAUGUACUGUACUGACAGAGUACUUUUGAAAAAGAAAUGCAUAUAGGAAAAUAUUUUGAUUUUAUUAUUUUAGCAAACGAGAUAAAGAAUACCCUAUAAAAACAACAAUUACAUUACUGGCAAAACAAGUAGGUAGAGAACGGUAAUUGCCCAUGAAUGUUGGUGAUAUAAAGGCCUUUUGUGAAACACUGUAUGUUAACAUUGUGCUCUGCUCAUAGUGAAAGUAUGUGUAGUAUUGUUAUGCUUCAAUAAAGCUACACAUGAUUGUGGUUUGUUUGAAACAAA